UUUCCAGGGUUUUGUGGUUCACAAGCAGACCUCAUUCUCUAUCCGUCUCUCUCUCUCUCUGCUCGUUUCUAGAGUCAUCUUUUACGAUCACUCCGCCGCCUUAUCGUAAUCCAUGGCUCGCCGUAGCGCCGGAGGAAGAUCUGCUCGUGCAGCCCCUCGUCCUGCAGCAACAAGAAACCCCCCUCCUAAGCCAGUUAGCCAUGCUCCUCCUCCAGCUCCUGUUCAGGCCAGCAGUGGUGGAUCCAUGCUAGGAGGCAUUGGUUCAACCAUAGCUCAGGGUAUGGCCUUUGGUACUGGAAGUGCAGUGGCUCACAGGGCUGUGGAUGCAGUGAUGGGUCCUCGCACUAUUCAACAUGAAACUGUGGCCUCUGAGGCUGCUGGUGCCCCAGCUCCCACUGCAAACAGUCUUGGUGGCUCUGAUGCAUGCAACAUUCACUCCAGGGCAUUCCAGGAUUGCUUGAACAGUUAUGGCAAUGACAUCAGCAAAUGUCAGUUCUACAUGGAUUUGCUGUCUGAGUGCAGGAAGAACUCUGGUUCUAUGUUGAAUGCCUAAACACUUUUCUUUGCCUUCCAUUGGAAACUUUGCACCUAUUGUCGUAAUUUUAUGUUUGUGAUGAUGGUGAUAUGGUAUUCCAUUUCGGGUUAAAAAUUUCUGUUAAUAAUAUUUGUUGAAAGAGACAAAUGGUGCGUUGAGCACUUCUCUUAUUGUUAUUUGAACUAUGAACUUUUGCAGUAUCUUAUUCUGCCUUGCUAGUUGUACGCUCUUAUUCUGUGUUGGUGAAUGGUGCUACCAUUGUGUGGUAGAGGAACAAUACUCUUCCUUUUUUGGAAACAUAGAAACAACUCUUUUAGAAAGCUUAAGGUUGAGAGGCAGAACUUAA